UGACGUAAAUUCAGAAUCUGACAGAAAAACUCACAGCAGUUUACUCAGUCCGAGUAAUAGUCAUACUCAUCAAGACAAACUGGAAGAGACGGAUGUAAAUCUAAGAAUAUUACACAGCAUGGACUUUAUGUAAAUAUCGUUACAGCAAGAUGUGAAUUGACCCAGGAGAAAAUACCGACUGAGACCAAAGACGACAUGUUGGUUCGAAACAUGAGAGAUGGGACCCCUCACACCACCGGCCGUGCCAAGGUGUCCCAUGCAGUUGUGGUCAUCUUUCUAGAGUUCUUUGCUUGGGGGCUGCUUACAACACCAAUGCUGACUGUUCUUCAUGAAACAUUCCCCCAGCACACAUUUCUCAUGAAUGGUUUGAUUCAAGGUGUUAAGGGGUUGCUGUCUUUCCUGAGUGCCCCUCUGAUAGGUGCCUUAUCAGAUGUUUGGGGCAGGAAGUCCUUCCUGCUGGUUACAGUGUUCUUCACCUGUGCCCCAAUCCCCCUAAUGAGGAUAAGCCCAUGGUGGUAUUUUGCCAUGAUAUCAGUCUCUGGUGUCUUCGCUGUGACUUUCUCUGUAAUAUUUGCAUAUGUUGCUGACAUCACUGAAGAACAUGAAAGAAGCACCGCAUAUGGACUGGUGUCAGCAACGUUUGCCGCCAGUUUGGUCACGAGUCCCGCCAUCGGUGCCUACCUUUCUGCAAAUUACGGCGACAGUUUGGUGGUGCUAGUGGCCACUAUCAUCGCAGUGGUGGAUAUCGCCUUUGUCCUUUUGGUUGUGCCAGAAUCUCUCCCAGACAAAAUGAGACUGACGUCCUGGGGGUCGCCUAUCUCCUGGGAGCAAGCUGACCCCUUUGCUUCUCUUAGGCGAGUGGGAAAGGACCCGACAGUGUUGCUUAUAUGUGUCACAGUGUUCCUGUCCUACUUGCCAGAGGCAGGCCAGUACUCCAGUUUCUUCCUCUACCUGCGACAGGUUAUUGAAUUCUCGCCUGCGGCAAUUGCUGCUUUUAUAGCAAUGGUCGGGAUCCUCUCUAUUAUCGCUCAGACAUUGCUCUUAACCUAUUUUAUGAGAACUAUUGGAAAUAAAAACACAGUGUUACUUGGACUGGGGUUUCAGCUGUUCCAGUUAGCCUGGUAUGGCUUUGGAUCAGAACCAUGGAUGAUGUGGGCUGCGGGUACAGUCGCAGCCAUGUCCAGUAUCACCUUCCCUGCAGUCAGUGCUUUGGUGUCCCGGAUAGCAGCCUCUGAUCAGCAAGGAUGUGUCCAGGGAAUGAUUACGGGUAUCAGAGGCCUAUGCAAUGGGCUGGGUCCAGCUCUGUACGGCUUCAUAUUCUUCCUGUUCAACGUGGAGCUGAACGAGCUUGACCCUAUGACAGGAAGAAACAAAAGUACAUCUCAGGAGCCCAGUGAGAAACCGACCAUUCCCGGUCCGCCCUUCCUGUUCGGAGCCUGUUUAGUGUUGCUGGCUCUCCUUGUGGCCAUCUUCAUCCCUGACCACCACAGUAUGGCAGUGAAGACCUACACGGACACGCGCAAAAUCAGCACCAGCAACAACCUCCAGAGUUUAAACCCCCUGCCUGCCAGCGAAGAGGACAUAGAGCCUCUCCUGCAGGACAGCAGCAUGUGACUACCUGAAAGAGACUCCAACAUGAGCCCCCCAAAUGGCCCCUAAACUACAACCUCAACCAGCAGCAGCCGACAUGGUGCCAUGCCGGGUAUAUCCUUCAACCACGUUGAACACAGUUCUGUUUCUAUGAUUAGGGAUCGGUCUUUUGUCCAGCGAGAUGGUUUUAUCGUUUACUGUGAUUUUUACAUUGCGACAAGGACAGAAACACUUCUUAAUGCACCGGGUUGAGUGACAAUGUGUUUUGGUGUCAAACAUUGGCCUAGACAGUGUUUGUGGAGUUGAAGAGAUGGCCGUAAACUCUGCUGGUUUCUCAUAUGCUUAAAGAACUCCCCUCCUAUUAAUGGGUUUAAAAUGCCAAUCAAUGCCCACUCCAGCUUUAUGUUAAUAAAAUAUUGACCUGUAUCUCAUCAAAGUUACUGUGCAAUCUAGAUUGUAAACGGAUUGGUGUAUAGUUAGGUAAAUACACUACAUGACAAAGUAUGUGGACACCUGCUCUUAGACCAUCUCAUUCCAAAAUCAUGGGCAUUCAUGUGAAAGUCACUGAGCUCUUCAGUAAGGACAUUCUACAGCCAAUGUUUGUCUAUGGAGAUUGCAUGGCGGUGUGCUUGAUUUUUUUUAUACACCUAUCAGCAACGGGUGUGGCUGAAAUAGUCGAAUCCACUAAUUUGAAGGGGUGUCCACAUGCUUUUGUGUGUAUAUAUAGUGUAUGUACCUUAAAGGUGAUGCAAUUUAUUAUAAAUGCUGUGCCAUAUAUUAUUUUUUAUUUUUGCCUUUUGUCAUGCAUUGUUGAAUCAGCCGAGUGAGACUUGACUUGGACUUGAAUGUUACAGAAAUCGUUGCUGAAAGAGUUGAACAUGACAUUCCAAAUAUGCCUAUCCACCCUACAAAUCCCAACCUGAGUAUAUUGUCAGCUACCUCAAAUUUUUACCUCUUCAUAAGAUGUAAAUUAAAGACAAAUCUUGGCCCCCUGAUUUGGUAUAGAAUCUCAUAACCUUUAAAAACUAAAUCAUCACUUUUACAGGAACUGUUACCUUUUUACAUCUGAGUGUUAGUUCUUGUGUUGCAUAAAGGUCUGGUGGGAUUGUGGCUACCCGUGACGUAUUAAUGGAUUUAACUUGAGACCCACAGUACAGUUGUACUCCUCAGUUUUUAACUUGAGACUUUAACAUUUUAACUGCCAAUCCUGAAUUGAAAUUAAAACCGUGAUAAUGGCAUAUUGUGGUACUUUAAAAAUGUAUUUUCAGAGUACAGUUGUUUGGCCUCAUAACUAUUGCAACUAGUUGGAAAGUGCUUUUUUUGUGGUAUGGUACAGGUAACUGUCAAAAUAAAGGAUACACUUGAGUAAAUGAGGGUUCUGGCCAUUCUGUUAUGGUGCAUUUUCCUGGUAUGGUUUAGUUCCACUCGACCCCUUUAGAGGACAAGGUAAACACCAAUGAAUACACAGCCAUUGAGUGAUCACCUUCAACCUAUGGUGAAUCCUUUCUGUCCUGAUGGAAGUGGUCUCUUCUAGGAUGACAAUGCCCCCAUCCACAGGGCACGAAUGGUCACUGAAUUUUUUGUUGAGCAUGAAAACGAUUUAAACCAUAUACCAUGGCUGUCUGUUUCCAGAUCUCAACCCAAAUGAACACUUAUGGGGGAUUCUGGAGCGGAGCGUGAGACUACGUUUUCCACCACCAACAAAGCACCAAAUUAUGGAUUUUCUCGUGGAAGACUGGUGUCUCAUGUAGUUCCAGACAGUUGUAGAAUCUAUUGUAUGCCAAGGUGCACUGAAGCUGUUCUGGCGUGGUGACCCAAUGACCUAUUAAGACACUUUGUUGGUGUUUCCUUUAUUUUAGCGGUUUCCUAUUAUGACCCCAGACUGAAUGGAGACCAAGAUGUUGCUCUGUCAGAUCUUAAGAUUUUUUAAAUGUUGCUCUCUAAGAUAGUUGGUGUAAAAAAACACAAUACAACCUAUAUUUUUGCAUACAAUCAUAACUAACCUGUAAAAGUGGAAUUUAGUGUUACAUUUUCCAUGUUGUGUACUGUAUUAAUUUUGCCAGCAGGUUUGAAUCUAAAUUAUGACAUAUCUCAUGUUGAUGAAACUGUAUGAAUCUGUUCAAUAACUUAUGUAAGACCCAAGUCUUGGACUUUCGUAAUGCAGCACUUAGUAUAUUUUAAGAACAAGGUUAAUAUAUUUAGCCAUUGUUAUUGCUAAAGAAAACGAUUCAAUUAUGCAGUUAAAAUACCUAUUUCUACUCUUGCAGUGUAAAUGAUGCAUUCAUUUGCUGAGUACUGCAUCUUAAUUUCAAUGAAUAUGUGUGCCUAAAAAUAUAUAUACAUGUUUAAUAUACUGAACAAAAAUAUAAGCGCAACUUGCAACAAUUUCAAAGAUUUUACUGAGUUACAGUUCAUGUCAGGAAAUUAGUCAAUUGAAAUGAAUUCAUUCGUCCCUAAUCUAUGGAUUUCAUAUGACUGGGCAGUGGUGCAGUCAUGGAUGGGCCUUGGAGGGGAUAGGCCCACCCAAUGGGGAACUAGGUACAAGCAAUCAGAAUGACUUUUUCUCCAGAAAAUGGUUUUAUUACAGACUGUAAUAUUUCUAACCCCCUACAGUUUUGAGGCCGGUUGGACGCACUUCCAAAUUCCCUAAAACGACGUUGGAGGCAGCUUAUGGUAGAGAAAGUAACAUUCAAUUAUCUGGCAACAGCUCUGGUGGACAUUCCUGUAGUCAGCAUGCUCCCAACAGACUUGAGACAUCUGUGGCAUUGUGUUGUGUGACAACUGCACAUUUUAAAGUGGCCUUUUAUUGCCCCCACCACAAGUUGCACCUGUGUAAUGAUCAU